AUGGCCACUUCGGAACGGUUCGUCCAGUCAUUCGUGGUCGAGUUCAGAGCUCCCCGGUCGUUUGCCGUGGUCGCGUCCAUCGUCCAGCACGCGUUCGUCGCACGGCCUCCCGUACCGGCGGCUGCGGACGAUCACGGCGUCGCCCAGACCGGCCACACAGCCGGUGGACGUCAGCAACCGUCGACCGAUUUCCAGCUUUUUGUCGGCCGCUUGACGAGCGCCACCACAGCGGAGCAUCUGCGGAAAACGUUCUCCGAGUACGGUGAAGUGGUGCACGUGCGCGUCAUAGGCGGUCACAACCGGUCCGGUAGACCGACCAAGUUUAGUUACGCUUUCGUCACGUUCAGCGGACCCGAGGGCGUGGCAGCCGCGCUCGCCGGUGCACCGAUCGAGCUGUGCAACGGCAACCGCGUCAACGUGCACCCGUCCAAAGGCCGAAAAUGA